AUGGCGUUAGAAGUAGAUGGAUGUAAGUAUAAAGCACGUUUAUUUCCGUUUUAUUCGCGUUUUAGUCCUUAUAUCUUCAACAUUAUCUAAAAAUAAAGGAUUUCUAUACAUUUUAGAUAUUCUAGAUACAAUUAAGAGACUAUUAGUUAAGUUGAAACCGAAUGCUGUCAUUUUGAAAUAUCUUUACCAACGUCAUGGCAUGUCAUUCAGGUAUAAUAUUAUAUAAUGUUUUAUAAUAACUGUAAAUAUAUAUAUAAUGCAUUGAAGUUUAGCAUAUUUAAGAGCUUUCACAUGUGAUAACUAGCCAAAUCAGUCCCCUCUAUUCUAAUACCGUUUACCGAUUGCACAAAAUUCAUUAUUGAAUUCAGACACAGUACUAGUAUAGGACCUAUCUUAAAAGAUAGUAUAGACGCCUGUAUGCAAAGCUAAAAUUAUACUUCGAUAUAUAAUAAGUAGUGUAUAUAUAUAUAUGUUAAAAUUUAUUUUGAGAUAUAUAUUUCUGUAUUCUGCAUAUAGUGUUCGCUCGCUACAAAGAAUAAUGAAAACAAAUGGGCUGAAGCGACAUGACAACACGGUGUCUCCGCAGCAAAUUGCUUACGCAUUACAGGUAGAGCAUCUGCUUAAAUUAAUUGUUGCAUCUUUUACCACGUCUUUUAAAGCAAUGUCGACAAAAGAAAAGUCGGAUUACAAGAUUACGGACAUGCAAUUGGAAAACGAUAUUAGUACAAUAUACAGCAUGUGAUUUAAAUUAAUAAACAUAUUACCUGCAUUUGAUUUUAGAAAGAAGUGAAUGGUUGCCGUGGGAGAAGUGGAUAUAGGAAAAUGACGCUGCGUAUUCGUAUUAAAUAUGGACUUCUUGUGACAAGGUAAAUGCAUUUCACUAAUAAAGAUCUGAUUGAUGGAAUAGAUGUAUAAAUUCACUUACUUAUACAUGUUCUAGAAAACAAGUGUAUGAUGUAAUGCGACUCCUCGGAAUGUGUAACGAGCAACGGCUUAUUGCAGGAGUUGGAACACCAAGACGCUAUUAUUCCAAGGUACCUUACUCAACCAAUUACCUUAUACAUAAUAAUAACAUACAUAUUUUCUAAUUGUCAACGCUAACAAUGAUGUCACAAUUGCAAAGUUUAUUGCCUAUAUGUCUAGGGUCCUAACUGGGUGUGGCACGUGGAUCAAUACGAUAAACUAAGACACUAUGGUUUUUGCAUCCACGGUGCGAUUGACGGGUUUUCGAGGAGAGUGAUGUGGCUUGAAGUAUUCUCGACAAACAGAGACCCGUGGAUUGUUGCACGAUAUUAUUUUAAAGCAAUAAGUAUGGUGAAAGGUAAGCUUUCAAAAAGAGCGGUGCACGAAAGAAUGAACAAUUGUAUAUCUGUCAUUACUAUAUGAGAAGCAAAAGCAUCUUUACUCACAUCGCUGUCUUGGUAUAAUGUUGCAAACUGUUCAAUAUUUAUCUACGUCACAGAGCUAACAGAAAUACAAACACCAAUUUAAAUGGACGAUAAAGGCUCAGGAAAUUAAACACAUAUUUUAUUUCAAUUUUAGUUGUACCCGCAAGUCUAAGACUUGAUCGUGGGACUGAGAAUUAGUCUAGGACCUGUAUAUGAGUUUGUAUGCAUUUCAUUUAGCACAGGUAAUCUCAACUGUUUUAGGGUAAAAUGACCAUGGCGGUCAACAUGGCAUAUGUGCCAAAAGCUGAAUCCGGGACGAAAGUCCUGAAAAUGACCCCGCCCUGAAACGGCAGUGUCGACAUAGCUCUAACUUCAGAAAACAAAAAGCGAUAGUCUUUCUGAAGUGCUUAUAGUGUUUAGAAGGGUUGCUUUUAGGAGUGGUCAUUGAAGGAAAAAUUUGUCUAAGUAUAAUAUUUUACAAGAAAAUGACCAUGCACCACCCCACGUAAAUUGCUGAUUAUGCAUAAAAUAACUAAUAUGCCUGGCAGAAAUUAAAUAUUCUUAUUUCCUAAAAAAAAUUAUCAUGGGUUUAAAAACUAUGCUUAAUUUAAUGUAAAUAUUGUUGAUUUCAUAAGGAUUGUCAUUGUUUUCUUUAAAUAUAAUAAAUUUUAUUUCACUUACCCCCCACGAAAACGCGAUUUCAGCCAUAUUUUGCUGUCUUGUUUGCUUUUUAUCGCCGAAUCACGCAAAUAUCAUCCAGUUGUUGUACUUUUACAUAAUCCUAAAUGGCUGAAGAAGAUUUCAAAGAAGGUUUCAUCCACUUUUGAAACAGUGCAGUGUAUUUUAUCUUCGAUAAUGUGUCCUUCGAUAUCUCGUCAAAUUGCCGCCAUUUUAAUGGCUCGCCGCUUCUCUGCCCGAUAAAUGCCACUUCUUCGUUUUCAUAUGUAUUUAGAUUACAUUAUCCAAUAGUACUUCAUUGUAGAAUAGUCCCAAUCCAAAAAUUGGAAAUAUUAUUUGUACUUGGGAGGAAAAUCCUCCCAGUACAAUUGUCCUGUUAGAAUUCAAAAGAAAUAAUUUAAAAGUCACGCGCAAGUUCGCGAAAACACCUCGUGGGUUACAUAACAGGGGGGGUGAAUAUUUUCACGAAACGUUUGUUCGCCACCACAGCCACAGGGGGUCCAACUAACAGCUGUGUUAUGAAUAAAACAUAUUAAUUAAACGUAAUAUGAAUAAAACAUCAUAACGUAAUAUUGCACUUACUUGUAUAAAUCAUAAGAGCUUGCAUUUUAAUACAGUGAAUAGCUUCAAAAACUUGCUUCGUUCCAAAGACUUCAAAUAUGGCGAAUAAAUUGACAAAACGAAAAUAUUACAUGACGUUCCAAAGAAAAUAACAGAAAGGAUUGCGGGCGCGAGCGGAAGGCGGGGUAAUAGAUAUUAAUAGAAGGGAUGAAACACCGGUAAUGCGAUCGUGUGAUGUGUUCCAUAAGUAGCCUGUUCUCUCGGAAAAUUCCAAAACGCCUCCUGCCAACUCCAACAACGCCUACGCGCUUAAUUAAUGAAAAUAAACAAUGUUUAGCUAUACCGGCUAAUAUGAAAUGUUUAAAUGUAGCGACCAACGUUUUUUUUUAUAUUAUUUAGUUUUAUUAUUAUUUCGUCAUACGUCACGAGAACAGGCUACUUAUGGAACACAUCUCGCGAUAAUGGCCAAGAAUGCUCGCUGUUAUAAAUCACAUAAAUUAGAUUGAUCAGUGCUUUUUUGGUAAUGACUAGGCUUGUUCAUGUAAGAGAACAUCGACUGAGCCUUAAAAAAAAACACAAAAAGCUUAAACGGAUAGUCUAGAAGCAUUUUAAAAAGUCACGUGAUAUUUGUUUCAUCCCUUCUAUUUAUUUCUUUCCUCGCCUUUCCGCUCGCGCCCGCAAUCCUUUCUGUUAUUUUCGUUGGAACGUCAUGUAAUAUUAUCGUUUUGUCAAUUUAUUCGCCAUAUUUGAAGUCUUUGGAACGAAGCAAGUUUUUGAAGCUAUUCACUGUAUUAAAAUGCAAGCUCUUAUGAUUUAUACAAGUAAGUGCAAUAUUACGUUAUGAUGUUUUAUUCAUAUUACGUUUAAUUAAUAUGUUUUAUUCAUAACACAGCUGUUAGUUGGACCCCCUGUGUUUAUAGCCGCUACAAUCUCGAUUUAUGUCAUUCUGUCAUCCACGGACGGGCCAAAACUAGCUGUUUUGAUAUUAUUUUUUUGUUCCCGGGGGGGUUUGUUCACAACAUGGCGACUGUUAUAAACGGACAGAAAUAUAAAAAUCAUAAAAUACUGCGAAUUUCCAUAAAAAUUCCGAGUAAUAUUUGUGAAGAUGAAUGGGUAAAUAAAGCACGGUGUUAUUUUGUGUCUCUGGCGCAAGAAUGAUCGACAAUAUUUGAAUAAUUCAGGUAAGGAUGGCUUUAUUUCGUUCUCGUAUAGUGAUGUAGUCGUGCCGUGUGCCCUGUCUACCUGUCUGGUGAUAUAUUUUAUAAUACAUGAAGGCAUUUAUAUUUAAAUCUGCUGUUUAUACUUGUUUAGUCACCUUAGUGUAUUAAACUUCGAUAUAGAGGCAUUGAAACAAAAUGAUUUCAAGAAUAUAUCGGCAAUUAUAAUACCCACUGAAUCACUGAUCUAUUCCCGACCAAAUCGACAGUAAUGAUUAAUGCCUUUAUGCUGAUACAAGAAGCAAAUGAACUUUUAGUUUAUUUGUUUGUUAUGUCACUUCAUAUGUGCAAAGCCAAAGGCGGUGAGUAUAUAAUAGUGUUCGGUACGUUCUAUUUCUAAAUGUUUAUAGUUUAAAACCAAACGCGGGAUGUUGUUAAAUCAGGCUUAACAAGAUUCCUAGAGCUACCCAGUGUGGAUUGUUGUCUGCAUAUAUGGACUUAUCAGCAAUUACAUGUAAUAUAGCAUAUCAACUGACUUUGUAUAAGAUAUGACUUGUAUAAGGCCUCAGUUAUAUAUAAAGCCUAUAAACAUGAUUCUACUGACAUACAUUGAUAUAUACAUAUGGCUGUGUUACCACAAUAAUGCUCGCAACUUCAACUUCUUUCUAACAAUAUAGUUUUGCAGUUCUGACUGUUCUGAGUAUGAUCUUAUUCAUUCAGAAAUAUAAGCAUUGCACUGUAUUCAAUGGCAAGCUAUCCUGGCUUCCAGAGCCUUCAGUUAAUAAUAAAUUGAAAUAUCGUGAAGGCUCUGGUUCAACGGGAGGAUUCUUUGAUUAAACUGUGCCAAUCACAAAACAGAAUUAGCAGUUUUAGUACAGAUUUUGGGCGUGUUAACCCAUUAAGCGCCAGUGCUCUCCCCUUGACGAGUAAAAUUGUCUGGCGUUAGACAGAGUAAAAUACUCUGGCGUUAGACAGAGUAAAAUACUAAAAGUAGGGUGCAUCAGGGUGCAAUGCGACCCAAUGGGUUAACUAGACACAUGGGCAGAUAGAUCAGUUAACCCAUUAAGCGCCAGCACUCUCCCCUUGACAAGUAAAAUCGUCUGGCGUUAGACAGAGAAAAAUACUGUUCAAAGUAGGGUGCAUCAGGGUGCAAUGCGACCCAAUGGGUUAACUAGACACAUGGGCAGAUAGAUCAGUUAACCCAUUAAGCGCCGGCACUCUCCCCUUGACGAGUAAAAUCGUCUGGCGUUAGACAGAGUAAAAUACUGUUCAAAGUAGGGUGCAUCAGGGUGCAAUGCGACUCAAUGGGUUAAUAUAGUACAUAACAUAGGUCAUAGACAUACAGUUUCAAUACAAUACAAAAUGAUUUUGAACAACGUCAAGGUCAAUGAAAUCAUACAAAAUGAAUUUAUGGAAUAUCAAUUAAAUGUAUUUAAAACAAACAUAAUUUCAACAUCCCAAUAAGCAAUAACAUCCCAGUAAGUAUAAAUUCAACUAUUUUAAAUCAAUUGUUUGAAUAGCCAAAUUAAAAGUUGUACGAGUGACAAAAUCAUUCAAUAAUAUUCACAUUUUAUCAUUUGUAUUAUGUGUCAACUAUCAAAGUCGCACUGUUAUUAGUAUAUUAAAAUAUACUUUUCAUAAGAUUAGAUGUAAGAUAUAAUUGUACGAAGGUGACUGAGGAACGACGAUGUGUAAGACAAUAAAUCAUACAUACAGUGAAAAACGCUCUUUUUGUAGCACAUCCUACAUGUACAUAUCGGCAGCAUUUUCCUUGCGAUAGUAACUCCUAGUUUAUAUGCUCUAUCGCUGGACUAUCAGUUCUAAACUUUUCUACCUAGGUCCAGUGUUACUACAAGAUCUAGAGGGGCAUUAGUUCUCCUUUCUUGCCUGUUAAUGGACUAACACUUUGUCCCGCAUUACUGUGCAUUCUCUAGAGAGUUUAAAUUAAAGAAAUCGUUACGAGAAAAAGGUAUCGAGUACGAAGGUCAGGUUGAUGAAGAAGAUGAGUUCUGGAAUGAGGAAGGUUUGGAUGAAGAGUUUAACGGAGGAUUGAAGAUUCCUGCUGUCAUUUGGAACAAACUUUUCAGGUUUAAACAAAAACUAAACUGCACUUAUUUUAUUGUGGAUAGUUUUUCUAUUGUGUCUUGAUGCAUUAUUCUCACAUGCCACUAACUAAAGGCCAAAUUGAAACCAGCAAAUCAUAUCACUUUAUCAUCGUAUACAGAUGUUAAAUGCACUGUACCACCAGCACCCCUAGUUUGGUGAAAUGAAUAUGUAGCUUUACAUUUCAAAUUCUAAGAAAACUACACAAAUAAUUCAUGUAAUUCUAGGUACCAGAAGACAGGUGUUAAAUGGUUAUGGGAACUACACACUCAACAAGCAGGCGGGAUAGUUGGGGAUGAAAUGGGAUUGGGAAAGACAAUUCAGAUUAUUGCUUUCUUAGUUGGAUUAAAGUAUAGCAAGAUUGGUCGUCGUGCUUCCAAGUAAGUUUUGUAUUCUACCUGCAAUACAGUGUUCCAGACUUGAUAUCCACCCUGAAAAUCUAGUAUUGCACAUUUGGAUAGUAAUAUUCAAAACAAGGCAAAAUGAGUUUCUGAUUGUAAUCCUCCAAUUGGCACGUAGUUUUUCAUUCAUGUUGUAUUUAUUUCAGGCAGAAUUGUUUAGGACCAGUUCUUAUAAUAUGUCCUGCAACAGUUCUGUUUCAGUGGGUUGCAGAGUUGCACAAAUGGUGGCCGGAAUUUCGUGUUGCAGUAUUGCAUGACACUGGCUCCUACAAAGGAUCAAAGGUAUGUAUUUAAUAAUAAGAUAGCUGAUAAUUGAAAGAGUAUUUGUGUGUGUUUUGGUGUUAUCUACUCAGGUGAAUAUAAUGUUCUUGAUGUUACUCUGAGUGUAUAUCCACACCAGGCAGGCUGAAAAGUUAGCCUGACCACGGUGGGAAUCGAACCCGCGACCUUUGGGAUACUAGUCCAAUGCUCUGCCAACUGAGCUACGAGGCCAAGUCUGUUCGAGUGUGUGGUAUUUCGGUACUAAGUCUAGUAUACCUUCGAUAUCAAUGUAUUCUAUGAUAUGAUAUUUGUGUGUGUUUUGGUGUUAUGUACUCAGGUGAAUAUAAUGUUCUUGAUGUUACUUGAUAGGUACAACUAUCUGAAAAAUUUAAUUAAGCAGAACUUCGAUUUUUGAGUGAAGGCCAUUUGUAACUUCCAGACGAGACUAAUUUUUUGCCCUACAAAACUGGGUUUUUUUGCAUGACAAUUUGUAGGUUGUCAAUUCCAACCCUGGGUCACCAUCACAUUAUCCAUUUAUGGAAAUGGUCUAUAACUAGGUUUUUUAUCGUUUCCUUAGGACACUCUGAUAACCAAAAUUCGUAAUGAACCAGGGAUCUUACUGACCACAUAUUCUGGGGUGAGAUUGAACCAAGAUCAUUUGUUACAAUCUCGUUGGGAUUACAUCAUUUUAGACGAAGGUCACAUCAUACGUAACCCAGAUGCCGAGGUCACAUUGACCUGCAAACAGGUAACAGUAAAUUCUCUCUAGAAUAAUCCCAUGAACGUUGAACCUCUACAUUUGUUUAGCAUGUUGCCCUUUAACCCAUUGAGUCGCAUUGCGCCCUACUUUAUUAUUUUACUCUGUCUAACGCCAGACGUGUCAGACGAUUUUACUUGUAAAGGAGAGAGCACUGGUGCUUAAUGGCCUUAACUGGCCUAUCUGCAUCUGCCCAUGUGUCUAGUUAACCCAUUGAGUCGCAUUACCCUACUUUAUUAUUUUACUCUGUCUAAUGCCAGGCAAUUUUACUCGUCAAGGGGAGAGCCUGCUACAUGUACUUUUGACUGAAAAAAACAUGUUUUGAAAAAUUUAGAAUUUUUGUUCAAAUGCAAAGGGGGACCCACACGCAACCCUAUGGUCGGCAAAGGGGGGUCCACAGGAAAUUUUUCUGAAAAUUGUUAAAAACCAUUCAAUUAUUUCGAUAGAUAAAAACAUGUUCUGAAAAAUUCUGUCAUUUCUCACAGUUCCGCACUCCACAUCGGCUCGUCCUGUCAGGCUCACCAAUGCAGAACAAUCUCCGUGAAUUGUGGUCAUUAUUUGAUUUCGUGUAUCCUGGAAAGCUGGGCACAUUACCUGUGUUCAUGCAAGAAUUCUCAGUCCCCAUUACUAUGGGAGGAUACUCGAAUGCUACUCCAGUUCAGGUUAGAAUGCAAGAUCACCUUGGUAAAGUCAUUUCUGUUGUUGUUGUUGUUGUUGUUGUCGUUGUUGUUGUUCUCAUUGUCAUUCUUGUUGUGGUUGUUUUGGUUGUUGUUGUUCUUGUGGUUGUCGUUGUCAUUGUUGUUGUUGUUCUCGUUGUCAUUGUUCUCAUUGUUGUUGUUGUUGUCAUUGUUCUCAUUGUUGUUGUUGUUGUCAUUGUUCUCAUUGUUGUUGUUGUUGUCGUUGUCAUUGUUCUUGUUGUUGUCAUUGUUCUUGUUGUUGUCAUUGUUCUUGUUGUUGUCAUUGUUCUUGUUGUCGUUGUUGUGGUUGUUGUUGUUCUUGUGGUUGUUGUUGUCGUUGUCAUUGUUGUUGUUGUUGUUGUUGUUGUUGUUGUUGUUGUUGUUGUUGUUGUUGUUGUUGUUGUUGUUGUUGUUGUUGUUGUUGUU